AUGUUCCUAAAAUUGGUUUUUAAAAUUUUCUUAUUUAUUUUUAUUGCCAUAAACUCGAGCCCAUUCACUUUAUGCUUGAAUACAAAUUGGAAUAGACACACACGUUUUCCAAACUCCAUAUUUAAUCGAAAACUUUCAAACAAUGCGUUAGCAAGAAACAGGGAUAGUUUUGCCCUCAUUCCUUUCGAAUCGAGCUAUUUUGGAUUCUUCAAGAAACGGAAGCCGAGCGGAUUCAAUAUAUUUAAAUGGGCAUCAGACAACAACGGUGAAGAAAAGAAAAUUGCAUCGGAUGUGGUUACUAACGCAGAAAAUGUUCAAACCAGUUGCACACCUAGCGGAGAUCCCAAGUGUAACGAUAACACAUCAGUGUAUCAGAAGAUUUUAGAGGGGUCCUCGUCUAACCUAUUUCUGUUGAGCGAUACAUUUGGAGGAAAUAAUGAUGUAAAUGUAAAAAUAGGGAAGGAGCAAGCCAACAGGCUGAGUUUGAUGACAGGUGAUUUUGUAAGAGUGCGAGGAAGAAGAAGAAAGGAGACGAUAUGUGGAGUGGAUGUUAAAGAGGAAAUUAAGAGAAACGAGGUAGUGUUGCACGAAGACGUAAGAAGGAAUCUGAGGCUGAGGUUGGGAGACGUGGUAUCAAUAAAUAAGAUUAAAAACAUACCGGACGUAAAAAUAGUGUAUGUGUUGCCAUUUAAGGACACCAUUGACCCGCUGGUUAAGCAGUUAUCAAACCAGAAUGAAGAAUACGAUGAAAAGAAGGUGAGAGCAGUGCUGAAGAAUUUUAAGGUCCUGAAGAUAAAAACGCUGUCAAAGCAGUUUGAGAACCUGCUGGUGGACACUGACGUAGGCUUCAUAGUGGGAGACAGCAUCAUAGACCACAACGGACCCUUUUUAUCGAGGGAACACGAUGAUAAGAGCUACGGAGAGAUAGGAUACGAUGAUAUAGGCGGGAUGACAAAGCAGCUGGGAAAGAUAAGAGAGUUGAUUGAGCUGCCGCUUCUGCACCCAGAGCUGUUUACGACAGUAGGAAUCAGUCCACCUAAGGGGGUGAUACUACACGGACCACCAGGAUGCGGUAAAACACUGGUUGCAAGAGCAAUAGCAAAUGAAACUGGAGCAAAGUGUUACGUUAUCAAUGGACCUGAAAUCAUGUCGAAAAUGGUGGGAGAAUCGGAGGAAAACCUGAGAAACACGUUCGAAAACGCAAGUAAAAAUGGACCCGCAAUCAUAUUCAUCGAUGAAAUCGACUCAAUAGCAGGGAAGAGAAGUAAGGUGCAGGGGGAGCUGGAGAGGAGGCUAGUGUCGCAACUGCUGACACUGAUGGAUGGAAUAAACACAGUGAAGGCGAAUAAAGGACUGGUGGUAAUCGCAGCAACAAAUAGAAUUAAUAGCAUCGACAACGCACUGAGGAGGUUCGGAAGGUUCGACAGGGAGAUCGAAAUGGCGAGCUGCGACGAGAAGGAGCGCUACGAAAUCCUGAAGGUGAAGACGAAAAACAUGAGGCUCGACUCGGACGUGGAUCUGCACAAGAUAGCGAAGGAGUGCCACGGAUACGUGGGAGCGGACAUCGCGCAGCUGUGCUUCGAGGCGGCGAUGAGCGCAAUCAAGGACAGCCUCAACUCGUCAGUGUACCUGCAGUACUACUGCCCGGACGAGAUUCCGCAGGAGGUGCUGAACAGCCUGGUGGUGAAGAGCAAGCACUUCGAGGAGGCGCUCUCGCUCUGCAACCCGAGCAGCCUGAGGGAGAAGAUCGUCGAGAUCCCGGAAACGACGUGGAACGACGUGGGAGGCUUGGAGGGCGUGAAGAAGGAGUUGAUAGAGACCAUACAGUAUCCACUGCUGUACCCGGAGAAGUUCACAAAGUACGGGCAGUCGUCGAACAAGGGAGUGUUAUUCUACGGGCCACCGGGGUGUGGUAAGACCCUUUUGGCCAAAGCUAUCGCACACGAAUGUAACGCAAAUUUCAUAUCAAUUAAAGGACCUGAACUGCUCACGAUGUGGUUCGGAGAAAGUGAAGCGAACGUAAGAGAGCUGUUUGACAAGGCAAGAGCCUCAGCACCAUGCAUACUCUUCUUCGACGAAAUAGACUCCAUCGCCAAAGCCAGAAGUAGGAACGGAGUAUCGGGGCAAGAAGCAGCUGACAGAGUGAUUAACCAGAUUCUCACUGAGAUCGAUGGAAUCAACGUGAAGAAGCCAAUAUUUAUAAUAGCUGCAACUAACAGGCACGUUUCCAUACUGAGGCCCGGGCGUUUGGGGAAGCUGAUAUACAUUCCUCUGCCGGACGCAAAAAGCAGAGAGAACAUUUUCAAGGCUGCGCUGAGGAAUUCGCCAGUCUCUCCAGACGUGGACAUAGCCGAGAUGGCAGACGCGCUGGAAGGCUACUCAGGCGCCGACAUUGCCGAGGUCUGCCACAGAGCCGCCCUUGAGGCGAUCAGGGAGAGCAUCGAGGAGGAGAUAAAGAGGAGGCGCCCCCUCGAAAAGGGCGAAAAGGACCCGGUGCCGUACAUAACCAAAAGGCACUUUCAAAUCGCACUCAAAAACUCAAGGAAAUCCGUUGAAAAGAACGACAUUGAAUUGUACGAAUCCUUCAAGAACAAACACGCAGUUUAA